AUGCGAUCCAGGGAUGCGGUGCUUGUCUGCCUUAAUCAGCGCAUUGAAAGGCUGUCUGUCACCGCAAUUGUUCAGGAAACCUAUUUUGUCGCUUGCAUGGGAUGCUUGGCUUGCGACCCUGACCACGAAAAGGCCAAGCCUCUCGAACACUCCAUAUGA